AUGACCACUUCCUCCUCGUCAAGACCACCUCUACCCACCAUAGCGACCAAGUCUUCGUCGACCGCUCAGUCUUCUCGAUUGAACGUCAUCGCCAGCGACAAGAACACUUGCGCACCUCGCACCUCCUCGCGGGUUCCUCCGAACAGUACUUCGCGUCAGGAUGGCACAGCCCAAGACGCUACCUCGGAAAGAGCGACUCUCUCCCUGAUCAGGAGGACUUUGGUGGCAGAUGGAAGGAACGGAACAGACUUGAGAGCGACGCCCGCGCCAAUCGAAGGGAUCUUACCACCACUCACUAGCUCAAACGAGAUAGACGUGCAGCUCUAUGCCAUCGUCGCCAUCGUCAUCAAAGACUUUGUCAAUUCGUGGUAUUCCAAAAUAACCCCGGACCACGCUUUCGUGGAUGAGGUGAUCCAGAUUAUUGCUCACUGCAGUCGGGCCCUCGAACAGAGACUAAGACAAAUUGACAUAACAGAAUUGAUACUGGAUGAGCUGCCAGUGUUGGUCGAGAGGCACAUUGAGGCAUACAGGACAGCUACAACGGCUCAAGCCGUUUUGCAAUACGGAGAAAGCCCCCGACGAAUCUACCACUCGUUGAAUCCACACCCAGCUCUCGAUCCUUCCCUUCCACGGACCGAGCGACAAGACUACGAAGCCGCGUACCGACAGCUGCUGAUCCAAGGGGCUCUCGCGGUGCUGCUCCCAACCGAAGACCUUGCGAACACAUGUCUCAGAACACUGGUGACCGACAUCAUCGCCGACCUAAUCUUGGGUCAGGCACUGGCUGAAAAAUUAUGCCAGCCAUGGUUUCUGCACGGCACUGUCUCAAAACUGGUGGGGAUUGUGACAUCGAAUUCUUCGCACGCCGCCGACCUUGAGGCAUCCGUUCACGAGAGGGACCGACAGAGUCGUCUUGAAAAGUUUGGCCUAUUAUCUGCAAAUCUGGCUGAUCAAGAGCAUCAUUCGUCGGCGCGUCACCAAUCAACGCUUAGUGCGUGGUUUUGGGGACUGCUUCAGUACGCCUACAUCGCGUACCAGUCUUUGCGCUUCAUGCUCGUCGGCAUGGUUCACGCGCACCAUUUGCCCCAGAGAAUCCGACAUCGCCAGGCCAACGCCUCCACUUCAUUGUCGUCCACACAGAAGCCGCCCCUUGUCGCAUCACCGAGUGCACCGGAUGCCCAAGGUCGAUCCCCAAGAGCGGUAAUCAAUUAUAGGGUGUUCUCCUGCGUCUCAGCUGUCCUCGAUCUGUCCACACGCAUGCCGUGGCUGGCGAGCUCGUUGGCUUGGUGGCAGCACGUCCUCAACGCGGGCCCGGGGGGUUACGGUGCCACGAACUCGACCUUGGACAAGUAA